UAUGAAAGUUAACUAUUAACAAGAGUUAACAUGCCGUGCAUAUAUAUAUCCACAGCCUGUCCCGUUUGAUGCAUUAACUUUGGCUCUCUGUCGCGCAUCAGUGUCCUAGACCACCCAACUCUAGGAUGUUUAGGUUUCUGUGGUCGUAAAUUCGAGCGUUUGACGAUGGAGGGUCUAGCCUCAGCUCUAUCACUGUUGCUUUUGAUUGUUGAGACAACGAGUGAUACAGUUAGGCUCGGAGUUAUUCUAGAGGACCGCUCUUCAGAACCCUAUUCGUACAGUUACGUAGCUCCAGCCGUCCAACUCGCAGUAGACCAGGUCAACACGGAAGGAUGGCUGGGCCCGCACCAGCUGACGGUACAGUAUCAGAAAAUCACCAACCUGGGACAGUAUGCGGCUAUACGCGUGGCCAUGGGCAUGUACUACAACGACAGCGGGUCCAAACCGGACCUUUUCCUGGGCCCGACUUCGGAGUACCCGGCGCAGACCGUGGUCCGUCUCGCCGCCUUUUGGGAGGUUCCUGUCAUGACCUGUUCAAUCGUCUGGCUCCUGGGACGGAAAAACGACCCACAAGACAAUGGAAAUUAUGAGACAGUCAUCAGAACGGUGCCCACAACCGACGACCUUGGACAAUUAGUGCUCCGGUUAUAUGACCGUUAUAACUGGACCAGAGGAUACCAGUUCUACCACAAGGCAAAGGGGAACAGUGACGACUUGUGUUACUUCGUCCAGGGGGGCAUUUGGUCGGAGUGGGUGGGAGCGGCCAAGGACCAAGGUUUAGCGGCUCUGACACACGAGACCAUCGGAGAGUUCAGCCAAGAUGACUACGAUCUAACAGACCCUGACAGUCUGAGGGAAGUGGACGAACGGUUCGCUGAUGAGUUGACACGAAUGAAAGGUGUUUCAAGAGUGAUUAUAACGUGCGCCAGCGCCCCCUAUGUGUGGAGACUGAUGAAGGUAGCCGGACAGAUGGGCAUGACCAAUGGUGACUACGUCUUCCUCAUCCUAGACAUGUUUGACCACGCCUACCUGCAGCGGGAGACCUGGGUCGGGUCAGAAGACAACCCGCAGGAGCAGCAAGACGUCUUAGACGCCUUCCGCGCCGCCUUUGUCAUCACCGUCCCGCGGCCCAACACCACGGCAUUCAGGGACUUCUCCAAUAAAGUUCGAGAAAUCGGGAGAAAGAACUUCGGCUUUGAUUCAAACGAAACGUUGGCUAACCCAUUUGUGGAAUCCUACUUUAACGACGUGUUACUGUACGCCACGGCCUUGAACCGCACACCUGGCUACAACUACACUAACGGCACGGAGAUGGCUCUGAGGAUGCGCAAUCUUUCUUUCACAGGCGCAGAUGGAGAGGAAGUCGUCGUUAAAAACGGAGACAGAGUCUUUGACUUCUUCGUCCUGGAUCUGAACCGUUCGAGUGAAAGUUUUGUGACGGCUCUAUUCUACAACGGCAGCUCUCAGAAUUUCACUGAACUAGAAAAGAUUGACUGGGUGAGCAGUGAGCCCAUGAGGGAACCCGAGGACUGUGUCUUUACAGACAACUGUCCAGAUCCUGUAGUCAUCCCCACAACAGUUAUAGUCCUGUCUGUGGUCAUCGGCGUUAUCGUCAUCGCAUCCUCAACCAUCAUAUACUUCUGCAAAAGGAAGAACGACCUUGCGGUUGCCCUGAGAGCUGAACAGGAAAAGCUGGUGCAGUGGGAAGAUAUCCAGAUGGACGAGGGCAGGCAUGUGGAGGGGGGAAGCGUAUACAGGAUGCAGGUCGCACCUGCAGAGGCCGCAGAUUUGCAAAGGUGGCAUUCACGACUCACCUUAGGCGCUGUGCAAGUGUUUGCCACGACCGGCAUAUACCAGGGCAAAAGAGUUGUGAUCAAGGAUGCUGACUGUGAGAAGGCAGCCAUCACACUGACAGAUGAUAUUCUUCUGGAGCUGAAGAGGAUGCGUGACUUGGCCCACGAUCACGUGGUCCGGUUUGUAGGAGUGUGCUUCAAGUCUCCCCGUGUCUUCAUCCUGACAGAGUACUGUCCGAGAGGCAGUCUACAGGACACCUUGGAGAACGAGGAGAUACACCUGGAUAUAGAGUUCCAAUGUUCCCUGAUGCACGACAUUGCAAAGGGUAUGGUGUACCUACACUCCAGUGAGGUUCAUUACCAUGGAAACCUCAAGUCAUCCAACUGCGUCGUUGACAGCCGCUUCGUGGUGAAGCUCACCGACUUCGGACUCCCGACUUUCCGGGCACCGCUGAAUAAACCACCACAAGGGGAGAGCUGCUACCGAAAGAGACUGUGGACAGCCCCAGAACUGUUACGUGGCUGUAACCUGACCGUGCACGCCAUUCAUCGGGCUGACGUCUACAGUUUCGGCAUCAUCAUGCAGGAAAUUGUGGAACGUCAGGGGGCUUUCUAUAUGGCUGAUGACCCUAACGCAAGCACCCAAGACAUUGUAGAGAAGGUCCAACGGGGAUAUGAAAAUGAUGGCGGGUUGUGUCGGCCAGACGUCCCUAUCAUUGAUGACGCUCGGUACAGUAAGGCACUGCAGACACUCAUGCAGCAGUGUUGGGAGGAAGACCCGAACCUCAGGCCGGAGUUUGGGUCAAUACGAACGCAGAUGAGACAAAUCGACAGGGGGCGUAACCUGAUGGACACCCUGCUGUCCCGGCUGGAACAGUACGCCAGUAACCUGGAGGAGAUGGUCCAGGAGCGCACGGAGGAGCUGGCGGUAGAGAAGAAGAAAUCAGACGAGCUGCUGUACCAGAUGCUGCCACAGGCAGUUGCCGAGGAUCUCCGACAAGGCCGGUCAGUUGAGGCGGAAACAUACGACAGGGUCACCAUCUACUUCAGCGACAUCGUCGGCUUUACCGGCCUGGUGGAGUCCAUGAAACCCGUCGAGGUCGUGGAUCUGCUUAAUGACCUCUACACAUUGUGGGACAAGAUCAUCAGCAGAUACAAUGUUUACAAGGUUGAAACCAUCGGAGACGCCUACAUGCUUGUGUCCGGUCUGCCCAAGAGAAACGGCAAUAAGCAUGCGCGAGAAAUAGCAAGCGUGUCUUUGGCCUUGAGACAAGCGGUCCAAGACACCAUGAAGAUCAGGAACAGACCUGAUCAGAAACUUAAGAUCCGGAUAGGACUGCACAGUGGUCCGUGUGCUGCUGGAGUAGUGGGACUGAAGAUGCCUCGGUACUGUCUGUUUGGUGACACUGUCAACAUUGCCUCUAGGAUGGAAUCAAAUGGAGAGGCCAUGAAGAUUCACGUAUCACCUGAAACCAAACGAGACCUGGAAUAUUUCACCAGUUUCAUCUUACAGGAGAGGGGAGAGAUCAUUGUCAAGGGUCGCGAGCUCCCCAUGACGACAUACUGGCUGCUAGGAGAGUUACAGGCGCCUGAAACUGUUGUCUGAGGAGGGAUGCAGGGAUCCAGGAUCGCCAACUGUCCAACGCAACUGUACAGUGUUCUAACAUGUAACGUUAUGUUUAAACAGAGUCAUUGACUUGUUAUAAUGUUCAGAUAUAUGACCUGUGUAUGUACAUUAUAUAGUAUUAGAUAAGAGAUGUAUGAUAGAGUUUCGCAGUAACUAAAGGUGAUUUGAAAUAUUCUAACAUAUUAUGUUAUGCAUGUUAUAUAGUAUAUUAUAUAAUGUUAUGUGGUAAUGAAACAACUAUAUACGGAAUGAUUUAUACGUGUCACAUACUUAAUGAUGAAUAUUGCAACCUAUUGUAUAACGUACAAUGUAUGCGACGUGAUGUAUUACACUUGACAGUUGAGUUGUGCAGGGCUCAACAUAUUUUGAGUUGACGUUUAGUGUAAGUGUAAGUAAGUAAGUUCAGUAUGUAUCAUCAGUAAGUAUUAUUCGUCAGUCCAGAUUAGCAAAAAAAGAGUCGAUCAGACUAAAGUCUGUGCUACUUACCGUGACCUGUAAUUUAUCGGUGACCCUUGAGGUCUUAAAUACUGAGCAUAUCUAAAGCUAGGGGCACAACCCGCCGUACGUGCAAUUUGUCCGUACGUUUUUUUUGGGAGGCCAAGUCCGCCACGUAUU